AUGGGCAGAGCUGGCAAUGUCAAUACCAUGAUCAAGGGGAAAAUCGACUCAAAGUAUCACACCGUUAUGUUCAUCAGGGGCGAAAGUCAAAAAUGUCUGUUCGCUCUUGUUGACAAACACCUCUUCUCGACGUCUUGCCUUGAGCAUAUCUUGGAGAUCAUUCAGAGGUGCAAUCAGAACAGUGCUGCUGAUAAGAAAUUAUUUUCUGACAUGCUGAGGUGCAAAAAACAUAAACGUAUAGAAGCUCAAGGUCUAAGUAUGAAGAACAGCUCAAUUUUUGUUGUCUUUAUGCUUGUUAGCAUCCUUUCUAUAGGUAGCAUUAGUAUGACUGAAGGGAUAAUAAAUGAUCCGACACAUUGCUGCACCCCUGAGUCGGCUGCUUGGUUGCCGUUUUGUUGCUGUCUUACUGGAAAACCGAUUACGGAAGAAAACUGUGGUAGUAAAAGCAAAUGCUAUGUUACCUUUCAAGAAUGUUUAGAAAAUUGUUCUAUUCAUAUGUGUGAUGUACCAGAUUUGAAGUUUCAAACAAUGAAGAAAACGAAGUAAUAUAGUUGUUGUUUUCUCUAUAUAUUAGCAUGUUUCCUCAUUAGUUCAUUUGACUUUCACAAGUCAAAGACAGAAGAGAGAGAGAUGUUUCUAUUUGUUGC